UCUGCGCUAUCAUUAGAAACAUAAAUGGUCCUUUGGGGUCGUCUCAAAGUAGGUCCUUUGGUGGGUGACGAACUAAAUAGGGAUUCAGGGCGCCAGUCAUAUCUGCGCUUGUACGUUCCAUAAUCAAACAUUCUAGGGAUGUCUCACACAGAAGACCGAAGAUAUGUAGAGCUGUGUCAGGAUUCAGUACGUUUAACAGCAGAGAGUGUGGGUCUGGAUAUCACAGAUGAGGUUGCUGCAUUACUUGCUGAAGAUGUAUGCUACAGACUCCGAGAGCUUACCCAGUUCAGUGCACAAUGUCUUAGACACUCACGGAGGCGCAGGCUGACAGUGGAGGAUUUUAACCGGGCUUUGCGAUGGAGCAAUGUGGAGGCAGUAUGUGGCCACGGAUCACCAGAUUCAGUAACUUACCGCAGUAUUAAAGAUGGAGAUUGCCACUACACUGAGGACCGAGAAAUCAACUUGGUGGAAUUGGCACUGGCAACAAACAUUCCUAAAGGCACACCAGAGACUGCCGUUCGAGUUCAUGUCUCAUAUUUGGAUGGCAAGGGGAACUUGGAGCAUCAGGGAACAGUUCCUGCAGCAGUCUCACUUCUGACAGAUGACCUACUAAAGUAUUACCAGCGUGUCACACGAGCUGUGCUAGGGGAUGACCCACACCUCAUGAAGGUUGCUCUUCAAGAUUUGCAGACAAAUUCAAAGAUUGCUGCCCUUUUACCAUACUUUGUUUAUGUUGUAAGUGGGGUGAAAUCUGUUAGUCAUGAUCUGGAACAGCUGAGUCGCCUCUUACAGUUGGUGCGGUCUCUACUUUGGAACCCCUUUCUGUACCUGGGCUACUAUGGUUGCAGUCUUAUGCAGAGUGUCCUUUACUGUGUCACAGAGCCUCUUGCUGCUUCUAUUAAUCCACUCAAUGACCACUGGACCCUGCGAGACUAUGGGGCUGGUCUUCUCAGCCUUAUUUGGACUCAUCAAGAUUUAGCCGGUUCACUGUAUCCACAAAUAUUGCAGUCUCUACAGAAAGUGCUAGGGGACCCUGUUCGUCCUCUCUGCUCUCAUUAUGGAGCUGUAGUGGGACUGCAUGCCUUAGGAUGGAAGGCAGUGGAGCAAAUAUUGUAUCCUCUCCUCCCUACCUAUUGGGCUGGGUUGCAAACUGUGUUAGAUGAUCAUUCCAUGUCUAAUGCACAAGUCAAAGCAGAUGGACACAAGGUGUAUGGAGCCAUUCUAGUGGCAGUAGAACGUCUCCUCAAGAUGAAAGCUCGUUCAUCUGAUUUAACUUCAUCUGUUGCACCUUCGUUAGACAACCCCUCAAUCUGCUCACCCCCCUCUGUACCCUUACUAGAGAUGUACCGUGAACUGUACUGCUUCUUUGGAGACAGCCUAGCUGUGCGUUUUGGAACAGGAGGAAACCAAUCACAUCAUGGUGGGGCACCACAGAACACACAGGAACCCAAAAAAGAAUGUACUGGGGAUGGGACAAGAAAGAUGCCUCAACUCACUGCCCAUGGAGAAGAAGAAGCAGUUACUGUGGGAAAACAAUGUCAGCGCCCCACUCAGACGCAGAUGUCUGCUGCAUCUAGGCCUAGAGGGACAUCCAGACAGGGGCAGAGAACACAAGGUGUAAGAGAAGCAUUCCAAAGAAGUAGACUGACACCCCGUGGAACACCACGUUUUACUUUCUUAAUAGGGGGAAGACAGGCUGGAAGAGGUGGAGGAGGACGCAGGUUUCAAAGUGUCUUCCAGUUGCAUACAGGUCCUGGAGCUACAGCUUCUCGCUAUGCCCAAAAAUUGCCUAUGAUAGGAAGAGUGACCAGAGCUGGACGAAGGGUAGCACAAGCAGAACUUUCACUCUAUCUGCCAUUGUAGUUUGGAUUACUAAUUAAAAGGCACUGCAGAGUGCUAAAUUUAAUACCAAUGGGGUCAAAGAUUUUUUUUUUUUAGCCUAUGUUGUGCAAAUCUAUAUAUCAUUGUGUACACAGUCAUUUCUGGAUUUUCUUAUGUCUUAAGUAUAUUAGUAUACAAUGUUACAUACUUUGCUUUUGUUAUAUUGUGGAGAGAAUUUUUUUAUAGACUGGGCAGUUGGCCACAUUAUUAGUUUAGAUGGUUUAUAUGGAUAACAUUGCAGGAUGUCAGCUUUAAGAAUGAUGAUUUUCAAUUGGCUUUACUGUAGUUGUAUACUUUACAUUUAUUUACAUGAAAUUUCGGUUUUAAAAAAAAAAAAGAGAAAAAUCAGACUUUUCGAUAGGCCCCCACAGUAAUAUCAAAGAGCCUGGCAUUGGAUACGUGUCCUUGCUUGUCCAACAAGUAGUACAGGGGUCGACCUUGGACCUUGAGGGGUAUCAUUGCAGGGACCUCUGAGCGGUGAGCCAUACAGGAAAUCUGACGUAAGGGUACACUGAAAGAUGACUCAGAGCCGAAGAAGCCUGCUGUGACGAUUGUUACCCUCUCUCCGCCACCAUGAAGUGUAAUAGCACUGACUGAUCUGCGAGAGAACAGCAAGCCAGCUGCCAAUAUAAGGGAACCUGUAGAGACAAAAAGAAUUGAUGUUUAAUGUUGGGUGUGAAAUGAAAGAAUGAUUAAGUAACUCUAUGGUUAUUAUGAAAGCACAGAAACAUGAGAAAUGAUUUCUUGUCACUUAUCCUAGAUUAUCAUUUAUACCUGUAAAAUGAGUUUUCUUAAUGUCUUUCUUUCAUACUAUUUUCCAGUUUCCCAGUAAGAAUUAAUGUUCUAGAUUUAGGAAAGGUUGAAAUGUCUAUUUAUAUCUUGGAUUUGUUGGUUGUCAGAGGCUGGUUAUAUGUGCCAGAUACGCAGGCUACUUACUUGUUAGAGUUUACCCCCCACCUCCCAAAUAUUAUGCUUUUUAUGCUGUUGCCUAAAAAGGCUGGUUAACACACUUUAUCAUGUUAAAGUUUAGUAUUGUAAUACAAAGUAUCCCUAUGUGGUGAUGUUGCCAAGCAUUUAGAAAUAUGUAUCACAUUAGAACAGCACAACGCACUACCAGCAAAGCAAUUCACUUUUAUCCUUCCUUAAGGUGCCCAAUCAAACUCUUUUAACCAGCUCAAUCAAUGAGAUGGCUGUAGCCUUUGUGAUAUUGGUCACCUCGUCGAUACGCCAUACAGGCAUUAGUGUAGAGUAUCGUACAAAACAAGGUAUCAUACGAUAAUAAUUGUUGUGUGUAUGGCCAGCUUUAGGCCAGACCCAAGAGAUAUGUUGCCUUUUUUUAGAGUAACACCAAAAAAUGUUUUUAAAGUAAUUAAAAUAUAAUGAACUGUU